CUCUUUCUUCUUCGUUUUUUUUUUCCAACCAAGAUCACAGCCUACUUAUAAACACUCCACCUCCUUCCACCUUCUUCCAUCUCUCUCUUUUAUUUUUUAUUUUUUAUUAAUUCAUGUAAAUUAGGAUUAGGGUUUAUCUCAAUUCGCCCUCUACAAUUUUAAAUCCGAGCUUCUCUUCGAUUCAUUCCCCCUCCCCAAUAAAACCGGCGCGAGAACCAAUAAAGGUUAGGAUUAGGGUUUUAAAUUCGUUUGCAUUUGAUUCGAAUGAACAUGGAGAGAUCGUUGGACAGAUCGAGAGAACCCGGUCCCAAGAAGCCUCGAUUAAUCGAGGAACUCAGCGCCCGACAAUUACCUCUACGCCCUGCGGCAGUUACUACGUUGCCGUCUACGAGGUUCCGAGCAUAUGACAGAGACUCCGGCGGCGGCGGAGGGUAUCAGCCGCAGCCUCCGCCGCACCAAGAGCUUGUGAUUCAGUACAAGACCGCGCUUGCUGAGCUCACUUUCAAUUCGAAGCCAAUAAUUACCAACUUGACUAUUAUUGCUGGAGAGAACUUGUCUGCUGCCAAGGCAAUUGCUGCCACCGUUUGUGCUAAUAUUAUAGAGGUUCCGAGUGAUCAAAAACUGCCAUCUCUUUAUCUCUUAGACAGUAUUGUGAAGAACAUUGGACGGGAUUAUAUAAAAUAUUUUGCUUCCAGACUACCUGAGGUAUUCUGCAAGGCUUACAGACAGGUUGAUCCUUGUGUUCAUUCAAGUAUGAAACAUCUUUUUGGAACUUGGAAAGGAGUCUUUCCUCCUCAGUCCCUUCAGAUGAUUGAGAAGGAACUUGGCUUUGCACCUGCAGUCAAUAGUUCAGCUUCAGUAUCUGCUACAGUCAGGAGUGAUUUGCAGUCACAACGCCCACCUCAUAGUAUCCAUGUGAAUCCCAAGUAUUUAGAAAGGCAGCGUCUUCAGCAGUCAAGUAGGAGUAAAGGAGUAGUUAAUGAUAUGACUGAAGCUGUUUUAAACUCAAAUGAGGAUUUGGAGAGGCCAGAUAGAGCUUUGAGUGCUGCUCGACCAUGGCUGGAUCCUAGGAUUAACAUGCUUUGCUGUAUAUUGCAGAAUAAUCAGCACACACAUAGAGAUGCAUUUAAUGAUUCUGUUCCUGAAAAGAGCAUGGAUGGGUCAUCAUACGGAGGCAGUGAAUAUAGUUCUGUCAUUUCAAGUAAUUUGGGUUCAGGGGCUGGAAGAACUGGAAGUAAGCUCAUUGAUUUAGGACAUGACAGAACAUGGUUCAAAACAGAUGGUGGUGAUGCAGAUACUACAUCUGGGCAAAGAAAUGGUUUCAAUCUGAAGCAUAGUUUUUCUAAUCAUGAAGCACCAAAGUCCAUGAAUUUGGAUGCACAUUGUCAGCCGAGACAAAGCAUAACUAACAAACAGAACGAUGUGAUGUCAUGUAACUGGAAAACUUCUGAAGAAGAGGAGUUCAUGUGGGAUGAGAUUGACAAUGGUUUGAUUGAUCAUGGACCCAAUGUAUCAAAAACUUUGAGCACGGACACAUGGAUGGCAGAUGUUGAAAAUUUGGAAGGUGAAGAUCACCUCCAAAUUACACGCCCUUUUGGGGCAAAGGUCAAUAGAGAAAUAUCCACUGUUAAGAAUCAAUUACCUGGUUUGGGGGGCCAUCCACCAUCAUCGUGGCAAUUGCAGAAUCUAAAGCCAGGCUACUCAGAAGGAUUUGUGUCCUCUCAUAGUGCCUUACCAGCCAAUGCAAGUUCUUUGACUGUCAAGAAGGGGAACCAAUCCUUUAUGUCGAAUUCGGUAGUAGGAAGGGUCAAAUUUGUGGGACAACAAUUUGAUUCUGGGGAAACUGAAUCCCCUUCUUGGCAGUCACCUUUGCGGCAACAGUCUCCAUCACUGCCAGGAACAGUACACCACCCUCAUUCAAUGCAAAAUUUUGCUGACCAAGAAUUACCCCAGAAUCUCAAAACCUCUCAAUUUUUGGGAGGUCCGAUAACUCAGCAUAUUAGAGAUCACUCCCUUACGCUACGCCCGAUUGUUCAGGUUGGUAACUUGCGAAGAUCACAGGAAAAGGACAUGCAGGGCCCGUUAUCUUCCAUGACUUCUUUUCGACCAAAGCUUCAGCAAAAGCAGCUGGACCCGUCUCAGUCUAAAGUUUCUUUAACCAGAGAAACUUCAGCACAGUUGACCACAAAUAAUUUGUCAGCUGCACCUGUCAAGAGUGGAGUCAUCCCCAAGAAAUCAAUUACCUGUGAUCCGGAUCCAAGGAAGCAUCCAUCUCAGACUGGGGUUCAGCCUACUCAGUCUGGUAGACCUACCACAUUAGAUCCUCUGCAUAAUGACUCAUCUACACUGCCAAAAAACACUCAAGGAAAGGCUGGACAACCACCACAAAGGCUUUCUACUCAACCACCCGCUUCCUCUAACAUUAGCAGUUCCUCAGCUCCGACCUUAAAUACUGCCAAAAAUAAUAAACUAAAUCCAAUUUCAAACCUUUUAAGCUCAUUGGUUGCAAAGGGUUUGAUAUCUGCAGAAACAGAAUCACCAACUAUGGUACCAAGUGAGGUUCCGAAGGGAUCCAAAGAUCAAACUGAAAUAAUUACCACCAGUUGUUCUUUACCAGUUACAUCAAUUUCUGGUUCUGCAGCUGUCCCAGUAUCGUCUUCCGGAGAUGAGGUAGAUUCUGCUACAAAAACCUCUCUCGCCUCACCUCAAUCAACUAGCACGGAAAUCAGAAAUCUUGUUGGCUUUGAUUUUAGACCUAAUGUAAUUCGAGAAUUCCACCCAUCAGUAAUUAGGGAAUUAUGGGAUGAUUUCCCUCAUAAUUGCAAAGUUUGUGGUAUUAAGCUUAAACAAGAAGAACUGUUUAAUAGACAUUUGGAGUGGCAUGCCACAAGAGAACAUGGUCCAAUUAAGGCAUCAAGAAGUUGGUAUGCUGAGUCUAGUGACUGGAUUGCUGGCAAGGCAGAAUAUUCAUCUGAGUCUGGGUUUAAUGAUUCUGUUGAUGUACACGAACAAAAAACAGACAGCAGUCAAUUGGAUACGAUGGUUCUAGCAGAUGAAAACCAGUGUCUGUGUGUAUUGUGUGGCGAGCUAUUUGAAGAUGCGUACUGUCAUGAAAGGAACGAGUGGAUGUUCAAAGGGGCCGUUUACAUGAACUAUUCAGAUGUCAACUGUGAGAUGGAAAGUAGAAAUGUGGGUCCCAUCAUUCAUGCCAAAUGCUUAUCAGAGAACUCAAUCGUCACCAAUUUGGCCUUUCUACAAAAACAGAUUGCAUAAACAUUCAGGUCAGAUCAGACUUUUAUAUAAACAAGAUUAAGGCUUUAAAAAAGGCCUGUAAAAGGUAAAGGUCAGCCUGCCUGUUUCCAAUUGAUAGGUUUCUUGUCAACCCUCCUCUCUCCUGUUCAAUUGUUUUAAACAGUAUUUUUCCUACCUUUAGGAUAAGAUCAAAUUAAAGGUAUGUAAAAAAAAAAGGAAAUUAAGGGGAAGCCUCCGUUUCAGUAUUAGGGGUCUAAAAUAUAAUAAUUAAUUGAACGAGCUUCGCAAGACGUGAAUAAGUGAAUCACUAGUGUAUUUGUUUUGGCUCCUA